AUUCAGUUGCUAUAGUUAUACCAUGCAGAGCGGACGGUUGAGUUAGGAUCGCUUCCGAAAGUCUGAUCUACCGCGAGGGUAUAUAUGAGGAAGUGUAAAUAGACCGUUAUGGAUCCUCUACUUAUUAUCAUUCUUGCAAUUGGAUUAUUCCAGAGAGAUGCACUAUGCUAUCCCACAAAAGAUGAGUCCGAAGACAAGAUUGUGGUCCUUCAAAACGAAGAGAUGGACCCAACGAUUUUGGACUGUGAUUAUGAAAUCGAGGAGAACCCAUCGUUUCUUACUUUAAAAUGGUACAGAGAUGAGAAAUCCAUAUAUCAGUGGAUCCUGGGAAAUCUUCCAUAUGCGAUCCCUGAGUUUAAGAACGAGAUAGAUAUUUCGUAUGAGAGCUCUAUGGAACCCAAUAAGCAGUACAGCUCGUUGGCGCUGAUUAAUCCCACAAUUAGAACUACUGGCGACUACAAGUGCGUGGUUCAGACGCCUCUUAAGACCUUCACUAGUCACCAGAGGGUGCAGGUCAUCGAUGUGAGGAACUACACCUUGGAGCUGAGCCACAAUAAGAUCCAUAACGAAACGCAGCUGAAGUGCACCGUGACGAAUGUUUAUCCCCGACCAUCUAUCUCGAUUGUUUCAAACGAUCAGGAUGUUGUGAAGAGGGAGCCCACCAGUUUGGAGGAGGACGAGGAAGGCUACUACAAUGGGACGGCGGUGGUGGCCGUCUUUGACACCGAUGAUGAUCCCGAUGCCUACCAGUGCAUCGUCUCCUUCGAUGGCUACUCCGAGAACCUCACCACAGUCGCCACAUCCGCAACGGCGGGUGUUAGCCACGUCGACUUUAAUCUGUGGCUGUUCUGUUUUCUGUACUACUUGCUCUCCCAGUUGGGCAUCUUAAAUUAAAUAAAAACGUUGUUAUUUAUUGUUACUAAAA